AUGGCGACCGGAAAGGCUCGGGGCGCUUCUCGAUAUCGAAACAACGAUAGGUCGGUCUACGAUAGGAACUUUGCAAAGGUGGCGCGGGCGUCCACGGCCACCGUCUAUCAGCGAGAAAAACCGCAUGAGGCUGCCGCGGAGAAGGAAGCGGUAUUCAACGAAGCCGAGGCUACCAAGGACAUGGAAUCGAAAGGACGUAUCCUCACGACCCCGACGCGACUCCUCAAGCUUGUCCUCCCACUACCCUUCGAUGCCCGGCAGGAACAUAUCAAUAAGCAACCUCGGGAGAAGAUAGAAGAGAACAAGCAGUCGACGCCCCCUUUGGCGUUGCUGAUCCAUCCACACCAACCAUUAUCAUACCUCGAGCGUCUGAUCCAGGCAGAGCUUCCGCCGCUGCAGCUGGAAAAGAAGGAAAAGACACCAGACGUUGAUUUCUGGGCUGAAGUGGACAAGGAAGCCAUUCCCGAGCAGACUGGUGCCAAGGCUAGUAAUGUCGCCUCUUCGUCAGGUCUCGGGCACGAAGGCCCCGUCCACAGGAACAAGAGCUGGGUGAGAUGGAGUGCCAGCACAGAAGUGGGAGACUUCAUCCGCGAUGCCGCGCGCGGCAAGGAGUUUGCUGUCGACAUUGAAGGUGUUUCGGAGAAGCUGCAUGUGGCUGUCCCCAGCUUCAAAGAUCGCACGCACUAUAUGCGCAUGAGGCUCCGCCGGAUGUGCGAACAGAUCGACGCCAUGUCACGAUUAAAAAAUGAGUGCGACGAGCUUGCACACAAGGGCGCCUAUCGCCUCGCCAAAGGCGGCUUCGGUCUGCUGGCCUCUUGGUGGGCCACGGUCUAUUACGUCACGUUCCACACGGACAUGGGAUGGGAUCUCGUCGAGCCGAUCACCUAUCUGGCCGGGCUCACGACCAUCAUGGCGGGCUACCUGUGGUUCCUGUUCAUCAGCCGAGACCUGAGCUACAAGGCCGCCAUGAACAUCACCGUGUCGAAGCGGCAGAACGCGCUCUACAUGGAGCGGGGGUUCAACAUUGGCAAGUGGGAGCAGCUGGUGCAAGAGGCCAACGCGCUGCGACGCGAGCUCCGGAUGAUUGCGUCCGAGUACGACGUCGAGUGGGAGGAGAUGAAGGACCUGGGCGGCUGGGAGGUGAAGGAGGCGCUGGAGAAUGAAGACGAGAAGAAGAAGAAGAAGAAGCAUGAGGACAGGGACGACGAGGAUGACAAGAAGAGGAGAAAGAGAGACGCUGAACAGGAACGGCCGAAAGAACAGCAUUGA